AAAAAAAGAAAAGAAAUUGUUUGGGCGAUUCUUUCUUUCCAAUCUUUUGGACACCCAAGAAUCCAAGAUCACAGCCGGGCAUUUGAGAGUUUAGAGUGCUCCAGCAAUUCUUCUCGUUCCACACUUCUAGGCCCAAAUACAGCGAUUUACCUGUAGCAAUCCAUCUCCCUAUCAGAGUCUGCUCAAGUCUCCGGCGAGUCGGCUGCCGGCGCUGCGCUUCCCCUCCUCGCCUCUGUCAUCACUGCUACUGUCGUUGGCGCUCUGAUAUAGCUUUAGAGGCAACUGACAUGGACGGAACAACUCAGUUUGAUGAUGGAUUUCCAUCGGCUACUUUGUUCAGCCAAGGUUAUUCCUAUACAUACGAUGAUGUCAUAUUUCUUCCUGGGUAUAUCGACUUCCCAACUGACGCCGUUGACCUAUCGACUAAACUUAGCCGCAACAUUUCAUUAUCCUUACCUUGUGUUGCCUCUCCAAUGGAUACGGUUACGGAGUCCUCGAUGUCUGCUGCCAUGGCAGCUCUAGGUGGCAUUGGCAUCAUCCAUUCUAACAACACCCCUUCUCAACAAGCCUCCAUAGUUCGCUCUGCCAAGUCUCACAAAAUCCCUUUCACUGCUGACUUGAUAUUCCUCUCCCCUGGUGAUUCCAUCCACUCCGUUGAUGAGUUCGGUUCAAGUCCCUGCGUAUUCGUUACUGAGUCAGGGACCCAGGGGUCCAAACUAUUGGGAGUCGUAUCCAGGUCAGCAUGGGAGUCUUUGGGUAACAAGGAAGCUAGAGUUUCAGAUUACAUGACAAAAUCACCGGUAUCAUUGCCCUCAAGCUACAACUUUGAGGAUGUAGCUGGGUAUUUAGAGGCAGAAAAGCUUGAGUAUGUGCCAUUGGUGAAUGAAGAGGAUGGUGAAGUAGUUAAUUUGGUAACCAGCGCUAAUGUGCAGACUAUUAAGGGAUUUCCUAAACUCGGUUUGCCAUCACUGAGGCCGGAUGGAAAGUUCCUGGUUGGAGCAGCAAUAGGGACAAGGGAAUCAGAUAAAGAGAGGCUUGAGCAGUUGGUGAAAGCAGGGAUAAAUGCUGUGGUUAUUGACAGCUCACAGGGAUAUUCUCUUUACCAAACUGAUAUGAUCAAGUUUGUGAAGCGUACAUAUCCAGAAUUGGAUGUCAUUGGGGGAAAUGUGGUAACAAGUUAUCAAGCUAGGAGUUUGAUUCAAGCCGGUGUUGAUGGGUUAAGAGUUGGGAUGGGAUCUGGCUCCAUCUGUACCACACAAGAGGUUUGUGCUGUUGGACGUGGUCAGGCUACGGCUGUGUAUAAGGUGUCAUCAGUUGCUCAUGAGGAAGGCGUUCCAGUCAUUGCUGAUGGAGGAAUAAAGAAUUCUGGCCACUUUGUUAAGGCUUUAUCCCUAGGGGCAUCAACUGUUAUGAUGGGUAGCUUUUUAGCUGGAAGCAGUGAAGCUCCUGGCACUUAUGAAUACAAUAAGGAUGGUCUACGAGUUAAAAGAUAUCGAGGCAUGGGAUCAUUAGAUGCAAUGACUAAAGGAAGUGAUGCAAGAUACUUGGGGGAUACAGCAAAGUUAAAGAUUGCUCAAGGGGUUGCUGGAACUGUGAAAGACAAAGGUUCUGUUCUCAAGUUCAUACCAUACACCAUGCAAGCCCUAAAACAAGGGUUCCAAGACAUUGGUGUUUCUUCCAUCCAAUCUGCCCAUCAGCAUUUGAGAUCAGGCAAAUUGAGACUAGAGGUUCGAACUGGAGCAGCACAAACUGAGGGCGGAGUUCAGGAAGGCGGAGCCCAUGGGCUGGUUUCCUACGAAAAAGGGAAGUAUUUUUAAAAACCUUUCUUGUUUUACUAUAAUGGGAGCCUUCACAAUUUCACAUUCCCAUAAACUACUUUAAAUUUAUGCACUCUGUUUUUUACGUUACGUCGAAUAAUGUGACUUGGAUUUUCUUGAACACCGUCUAGACUUUUAGAUGAACUUUUUUAGUCAUUUUUAUAGUGAUACAUAACAACAACAAAUCUAAUAAAGUAUCACACAUAGU